CCCACUGCCUUUGCCUAAACUUUGCCUCAUAAAGUUUCCACAGCAGCAGUGAAAGGUGAGGAGUUGAACUCUGGGCUCUCUGAAUAGACACAAAGAGCUUCUUCCCCUGGCUGCCAUCAGCAGGAGGUGAGCAGGGAAUGGGCGAACCAGAGGUCAGGGGUGUAGCAGCUUGAAAAGAUAGGAUAGAAACCUUGAGGAAAUAAUUAAAAGGCAGUUAUCAUGUGUCUGCUUCAAGUACAGCUGUAAGCUUUUCUAGGGACUUUGAUUGCCUUCAGAUUUGUGCAGUGCUUGGCACAGCAGGACACCCACCAAGCACAGCGUCAGGUCCUGUGUUUGUCCACACAGUGUGGUUGACAUGCAACUCUUCUGGUGACAAGAUGAAAAGAGACUCUGGAUGUUCCACCAUGGCUGACCAGCAGAAGCAGGAAAAGAAGCUCUGGGAUGCCAUGAAGCUGACUGCCUAUGUCCUUGGUACUGUCCUGCUCAUAUUCACUGCCUUAGUGAACUUUUUUUGGUAUGUGCAGAAUAUCUGGGACACUUCAGGCCAUUUCUGGCAAGCAACAUGGCUGAAGUUCUACAACCUGCAUGAGGGGAAUGAGUGGACAAUCUUCCUCUACGGGGCUGCAAUGGUUCCUGCCCUUGCUUUCUGGGGCUUCAAUGGGAUCCUCAUGGUGGCUGAUGUGACAGGAAAGCCAACAUUCAUUACCCGCUAUCGCAUUCAGCUGGGCAAGAACGAUCCUGUGGACACAAAGAAGUUGCGCAAAGCCAUCUACACAGCUCUGUUUAAUCAGUUCUUUGUCUCCUUUCCCAUGCUUGUGCCCAUGUUCUACGUCAUGAAAUGGUGGGGAAACACCUUCAGCAAGGAAUUACCCACAUUCCAAUGGUUUCUUGUGGAGCUAAGCAUCUUCACCUUAGUAGAGGAAGUUCUUUUCUACUAUACACACAGGCUUGUCCACCUCCCACUCCUGUAUAAGCACAUUCACAAGAAGCACCAUGAAUGGACAGCCCCCAUUGGUGUGGUCUCCAUUUAUGCUCAUCCAUUAGAGCACAUACUGUCCAACACACUGCCUGUCAUGACUGGACCAAUGAUCAUGGGCUCCCAUAUCAUUUCAAUCACAGCAUGGUUCUCCCUUGCUCUCAUAACAACAAGCAUUUCCCACUGUGGCUACCACCUCCCCUUCCUACCAUCGCCGGAGUUCCACGACUUCCACCACCUCAAGUUCAACCAGUGCUACGGAGUCCUAGGAGUGCUAGAUUAUCUGCAUGGAACGGAUAAAGUGUUCAGACAAACCAAAGCCUUUGAGAGACACAGGGUCCUGCUCAGCCUCACACCUCUCUCAAAAAGCAUCCCAGAGGCACCCAAGAGGGCAGAGUGAACCCAGCAGUUCCUGCAGUGCCCAGCGACUAGCACAGCCAGACAAUGUUUUAAGCCAAAUAGUAUUUUAAUUGGGAAAUGAGUUAUUAUUUAUAUGUAACAAAACCCAAAGCCAACUUAAAGAUGCCACUUGAAAAGACUGCAUUUUGCUGCC